UUCCUGAUCGUUUUAUCGAGUAGUAUUUUUUCAGGUUUUUUUUAUUUUUUAUUUUUGGAGUUCAGAGUCUAUCUUCCGAAGGGACAGUAGAUUUCCAGUGGAACGGGAAUUGAAGCAAUUCCCCAGGUGUUUUUCUAUUGCUGCUGUGGUAAAAUAUGUCGGGCACAGAGAACGUCACAGAUCAAACAGAAGUUGUUAUGGAGGAUGCCGAAAAGUCUGUGGCAGUAACAAAGCAGGAAGAGGAAGUAAUUAAGAAGAAAUAUGGAGGGAUAAUGCCAAAGAAACCUCCUUUGAUUUCUAAGGAUCACGAACGUGCAUACUUUGAUUCAGCUGAUUGGGCUCUGGGGAAGCAAGGUGUAGAGAAGCCCAAAGGACCACUUGAGGCUCUUCGACCAAAGUUACAGCCAACACAACAGCAAACUAGGUACCGGAAAUCCCCCUACGCGCCAUCAGAAGGCGAAGAGGGCAGUGCUGCACCGUCUGAAAAUCCGACUGCAAAUGAAUGAGAAGCAGCUGUCGAUCAUCCGAAUUGUUAGGGAAUUUCUCCAUCUCUACCUGCAUCGUAAUUUUUAGUACGGUGAACUUUUCAUGAAUAAAACUUACCGUGAUAUUCUAAUAUGAGCUUCAGAUAAAGGUGCAUUGAAACUACUCUCCCUGCUCUGCUGUAAUCCCCCGAUCAAUAGGUUUUGCCAAACUUAUUCAUGUUGUAGACUGUUUUCCUUUUUUUCUUGAAUCGACUGGAAUUUAUGAUCGAGUUUAAAAUUUCUAAUGUGUC